GAUACUGUAGUUUGGAGUCGACAAGACUCAGAGCAGAAUAUAGGUUAGCAGCAGACCAACAGCUCUCUCUAAGGCUGUUUUGAUCCCAUUCCAUUCUUUUAUUACCUGUACAUUUGUGUAAAUAGACUAUUUCUAUUUUUAUAUCGCGGCACCAUGAUGGAAUUUAACUCUCUUUUAAUUCUGCUGGAGGCUGCAGAGUACUUGGAAAGAAGAGACAGAGAGGCAGAACACGGCUAUGCAUCUGUAUUACCAUUCAGUAGCGACUUCUCCAGGAAGAAAACGAAACCCUCGCCAAUUACCAGAAAAGCUCAGAACAAUAGAUCGUCACACAACGAGCUGGAAAAACACAGACGUGCCAAACUCCGGCUCUAUUUGGAACAACUGAAGAAGCUGGUGCCUUUGGGUCCAGACAGCACACGGCACACCACACUGAGCCUCCUCAAACGGGCCAAGAUGCACAUCAAGAAGCUGGAAGAGCAGGACAGGAAGGCUUUAAACAUGAAGGAGCAGCUGCAGAGAGAGCACCGCUACCUCAAACGGCGCCUGGAGCAACUGUCCGUGUCCGGCUCUGUGGAGCGCAUCCGUACAGACAGCAUGGGCUCCACCAUCUCCACCGACUCCGAGCAAGAGGUGGACAUCGAGGGCAUGGAGUUCACCCCUGUGGAGGUGGACAGUGUGGACAGUGUGAGCGAAGGCGAGGAAGAGGAGGAGGAGGAGGAAGACCACUACAGCCUCCAGAGCAGCUCCAGCAGCGACAGCUACACAGCCACACAUUCCCACAGACUGCAGCCACACCACUGUUAGACCACCGUCCCUUUUCCCCCCACCGCCGCUUCCCCCCUCCCGUACCCGUACCACCACCUCCCUGCCCCAUUCAUGCCCAUGCCCGCUCCCACCUUCACCCAGUCAGGACUGGUCCAACACAGCGGUACUACAGUAUCCCCCAGAAGCACACGAGGCUGCCCAUGCCACUUCCCUGACUACUGCCUCUCUCCCUCCCCCUUUUAACCACUCACCCUACCUCACCCUGGUGUAUCCUGCCUCAACCUGCACCUCCAGACACGCCCUGCCCUCCCGAUGCCCUCACGAAACCCCGACAGAUAAGCAAGAGGACUGUUUUUUUGUUUUGUUUUGAAAGGGGACGUCUGUGGUGUGGUGACAGCUUUGACUUGCUAAUCUGUGUAAAGUAAUGCGUGUGUAGGACAUCAGGUUUAAGCAGUGACAUGAAAACUUGCUUUGCACUAGGUCUGGGGAAAGAAUGAUAGUUGUUGCACUUUGUUCCUCCGUGCAUCUAUCAGACCUUGAAAGUGUCUUCCUAACAAAAUGGCGGCGUAGCUAGCUGCUACUUCUGCCACAAACUGAAAACACUGCGGCGCUGUCGGUGAAAUCCAAAUGUAAAUAUAUGUACAGAACAUUUAACGUCGAAAUUGUCCCAUCUCCCUCUGGUUGGACUGCCUAACCACUAAUCCACACUACUGACCACUACACUAUAAAACCCUAUGGUGUGGAUGGACUACUGUGUCAACUAAAGCAGAGUGGCCUCACAGCCAAACUCUAUUACCUAAAGAUUGGUUGAGAUCUUGUGUUUUUUUUGUCUUCUCAGUAGCGAAUCGAUGUAGCAAUAGCCACAGGAGGGCUGGCUUCCUGGGAGUGAUUCUGGUGGAGCAGGAGGCGUUCGGGGAGAUGUUUUUUUAAACGCUGUAAAAUGAUUUCGCCCUCAUCCAUUAAUGAUUGCUUCUCUUCAGCGCUGACGUGUUUUCAGAGUGUGUGGUUGUUCAGAUCAUCAAGUCAAAGCUGUGGGAAAAAACAUGAAAAUGAAAAAAAGAAGCCAGCUCUAAUGAUUUCUUCUCUAUUAGCUAGCUUUGUCCAAACUAAUCGUUUUCAGUUGUUUUAUGCUAUAGCAAAACUAAUGGGACUUCAACCUCGCUAUAACUGCUAUUCCUGGAGCUUCUGGGCACUGCUGAUGACCAAUGUAGAUCUUUAAUGCACAAUAGUCACUAUUGACGGAGGAGGCGCUCAGUCGCUCUCUGACCAGUUUUGAAUUGUUAGGGCUCUUUCUGCCUCUGAAAGUCUUUAGAGCUUGGCGUCCCAAUACUUGGAAAAAGGAGCCAGUCCCGCAUGGCAGGUCUGCACAAAAAAAUCUACAAAAGACUCAAAAGACAAGAAAAAGAGUUGCUUAUGAAAAGCUACUUGUCACUUAAAGUGAUUUUAGCCAGUGUAGUCUAUAUUUCUUGUAUUAAAUUUUGUAUUAUAUUUUCCUAAAUGUUCUCAUGUAAUGAAAAGACAAAAAAGAGUGAGUAUAUCUAUGUAUAUCUCUAUCUAUAUAAAUCUAUAUAUGAGAGACAGACGGACAGGAGGCCAGGCUUGUUGAAGGGAGAGUGGGAGCCCCUCUCUCUGGGCGACUCUCCUGCUGUCAUUCUGUGCCUUGGUGAGCCUUCCUCCUCCGACCUCAUCCUCCUCUUCACCUGUCACCCCCUGCUCAGGUCGUUGCCCUGGUAACACUCCUCCCCCCUCGACCGUGUUGUCCUGCUCUGACCAGACUCAACGCGCCCCCUCCCUCCCCACACCUAAAGACUUCAACCAGCGCAGAGGGCGUGUGAACAGAAGACCUCUAUGAGAAACUUAAAUCACCUAUGGCCCUGUAUUAUUCUGUGCAUCAUUCCUUUAGUUCAUAUUCAGCUGAGAAUCCGACAACUUGAUUACUUAAAUUUAUGGUGCUUAUUGCUUACUAGUGAAAAAAUGUGCCUCGUACUAGUCAUAUUUGUAUUUAAAUGCAUGUGAGGCAGUGUAAAAUAUAGCCUACUUUUAGCCUAUUCAAAUUGUUGUAUAUUAGGGACGUGCACAACAGCGUAUAACAAAAGUGAAGUGGUAGAUCUGACCCUUGGUUCAUUUUUGAUUGUGAAAUCUUUGUUGUUUUGAUUCUCAGUUGAAUAUCCGAGUUUGGGAAUGAGACAGUGACCUCUACUGACCGAUAUCACCCACUCCCCGCCCACCCGCCCCCUUGGCAUCGCCCUCCGACCUGUUCAAAAACCACACACUGGUAAUCUCCCAUGGCAGCUUCCAGUCACCCCCAACUGUCCACCAAGGGGAUCCAAACUUUUUAUUGGGGCUUGAAGCUCUUGUUAUAAAUUAUUCCCUGUCAUCAUUUUAUUAUUUUUUUACUGAUACCACAUGUUGACCUACGUGUUUGGAGUCCACUGGGAAAGGAGCGAUAAAAAAAUCACCCAAUCCAUGGCAGCUUACGGCGUUAUCGCAACCUCCAGUGGUCCAUCCCCCCCAAAAAAGUGUUACAUCCUGAAGAAGACACAGCAAUAUUACCAUCAUGUGCUUUCAAGGGAGGGAAUGGGGUGGGUAUUUUGACAAGACAAGCUGUUUUUGCUUUUUGACUCUGUGGUGACCAACUUUUAUUGUUUUUAAUUUUGAUUUUUUUUUUUUUUUUUUUACCUCCUACCUAGGCCUGUCACGAUAAUGAAUUUUGAAGCAUGAUAUAUUGCUAUAGCGAUAUACUGUACUAAAUAAUAUUGCAACUACGUUAUGGCGCAAAUACAAAGCAGGGUAAUCCCAGUAAACACAUUUAAACAAAAAACUGCAAAAUGAACCAUUAAUCAGCCAUAGAAGUUAGUGAUUCGACCCUCUACAGCUCAAAUCUUAUUGUAUUACAACAAAAAUAACCCAAAUCUCCCAAAUUUUACAAAGAAAAUGUAUACACAAUAAAUAUUGAGCCCCAAAAUAUAGUUCCAGCUUUCAUAUAUUGAACGUUAGGGAUGGGACGAGACACAAUUUUGACAAAACAAGACCAGACACGAGAUUAGGUCCACGAGAUCGAGACAAAACAAGAUUUUUACCUUUGUAAUUUAAAGAAAUCGUGAUCCCAUUUGCAGUUUUGGUCCAACAUUUUAUAAAUAACUUUUUUUUUUGUAAUUGUAAACUUUGAAACCACAGCUUGGUCCUUUAAGUCUUUAUUGUCCAAUCUAAAUGUAGACUAAAAAAUCUCACGAGAUCUUGUCCCAUCCCUAUUGAUCACAAACUCAAUGCAGUAAUUAUCGUGACAGGCCUCCUCCUAUCUGCACUCUCUCCAUACACUGCAGGAGGGCAAAAUAUUUGGGUUAAAAAAGCUGUUUUGUCAUGCGAGUUUACAUUCAUGUCCAGGGUUUGUACAUGACUGUUGUAGCAAAAACAAUGUCCUUUUUCAGUUUUAACGAACAAUUUGAAUGGAUUAUGAUGAUUCUCUUGCACAGAACCUCCCGAUGAGAAAAGUCAAAGACGGACAGAAUGAAAUGUCAAGGGCCAGAAAUGAGAUUAUAAUUUUUCAGUGGCGUCAUUGAAAAAUACAGGGAUGCACCGAUACAAUACUUCAAUACUGAAAGUUUUGAUGGAUCAGAUAUCAUUUUAAGAUAUCGGUUUAUUCGAUAUCCCAUUUAGGAUUAUAAAUUGAUGUAAUAGAACGAUAUACUGGACGAUGUAAGCCUAAAACUAACUCAUUUUUUGAGUUUUUACAUUGUUUGUGUUUAAAGCAGGGAUGUCCAAACUUCAUUUUUAUUGGUCCUCGGGCGGAAUUGGCCCAACGAUCUUAGAAAUACUUGAAUUUGCAGUAAAAAGUACUGCCUAUGACUGUAAACUGUAUAACUUAAAAGUGCGCUGUGUAAUAUUUCUGGUGGGGCGUCCUUCAAAAAGAUGUUAUCGCUUUGUCUGGAAAGUUUCACAGAAUGGGAUUAAUCUUUUCUAUCAUAAUGGAGACCAAACUAGACUAAGUUACAGGUCAGAUCUGUGGAGAGGCGACCCCGCUCACAGUCCUGACCAUCUGAUUUUAUAAUAUUUUUGAGCUAUAAAACCAUCUGUAAUUGACUAAAUGUAAGGUAAGAGCGGAUUAAUGUCGUACUGUGGAUUAUUCCAGGCAGAGCAAUGACAUAUCCAUAAAAUUAACAGCAAAAACGUUACGCAGCGCACCUUUAAAGCCAAAGUAUCGACAUCGGUAUCGAAACAGAAGAAGCUGGAUCGGUGCAUCCCUUUGAAAACCACACAUAGCACACUUUAAGAAUGAUUUUUAUAUGCAGUGGGUCUGGACGCGGCGACAACGGGUUCCAAAGCGGGAUGGACGGAGGUUAUGGAAAUUCUUUUGAUGAUGUGCCUUGGUAAAAGUUAUUUUCUUACAAAAAAAAAACUCAGAUUGUACCGAUUAUUCUGACUGUUAGCUCUUUUAGUGGCCGCUGGCGCCAUUUUUAUUAUAAACAUCCAUGUCAAGAUAAAUCUCCAUUGGGCUUUUCCAGUGGGGAGUCCUUCACAGAUCAAAGCAGGGAAAUAAAGACUGAGUACGCACUUAGAAGAUGGUUUUUGCUUUCAAGUUGCAAAGAGAUUUUAUCCGGAGCGUGUGUUUUAUUUUUUGAAGCACAUCGGGUUAUUUUGGGAAUGUUAGUGCGCAUAAAUAAUAUCCAGAUUGAUUUGACUCAAUAAGAGAAACACAAACGCACACAGAACAAUUACAUAAGAGCGAGGAUGUGUUAAACAAAUAUUGUCACGUCACUAUGAAGUCAGAAGUUUGCAUCUGUAAAGCAACUUAUACAAAUGGUGUAGUUAUGUAAUAUUUUAAACACAAUACUUGGAUUAUAUUUUAGUACACCCCUUUAAGACGUACAACAUGGUAUAUUACACUAUGGUUAAUGUAAAUAAAAAAGAAUAAAACUAAAAAUAUAUGGAAUUUCAAGUUGCCCUUACUUAACCCUAACUUCCCAAAACAAGAAUUCUGUGUAAAAUAUUGAACCAAAUGGAUACGCUUUAUUUUCCUCAAUGUAAUUCCACUUUGCUUGCUUUAAACGGCUUCGAUGGGUCACGACAACACUUUCACGAACAUCUUUAUGCAGUAUUUUCUUCAUUGUUGCGCAUGACACCAGCAAAUAAGAGUAGGAGAGGAGAGGAGAGAGGACUAUGGGGCUCGGGCUAGCGCACUGUGCAAAGUGGAGGGAGAGUUCUGUGCCAGAGACCUGUGAAAAUGUUUCCUAUUUUAGUGGAAGUCUUAUAUGCAUUCUGAAGAUGUUAUAUAAGUUCCUUUUGUGUUAUUUUGUGUGAAUGUGUCUACACGUGUACCUGGUGCUGGCUAUACAAUAGUACACACUUGAAGGUAUGGUGUAUUCUUCUCUCAUUGUAAAGUAAUUAAAAUGUUUUAUACAUAAA